UGAGUGAGCAUGCACAUUAGCAGCUGGAGUGUGUUGUGGUAGUUGCUUUCCUGUGCUAAGCUGAUUUACUUGUUUAAGGUCUGACCUCAUCAUCCUGUCAGUAUGGGUUCCCACCUACACUGUUAGCUGCAGCUUUGCAGCUAGAAAGCUAGAAGUAUUCUCUGUGCAGCACAGGCAGCAGGCAGCGGGGGAGGGGGGGAAACAAGAAAAGGCUGCUCUAGGCACUUGUGCUUUUGUUAGUUCAACAGAAGAGGCAGAGAAACCAGAGAUAACAAAGGCUCCGUUUCCUUUCUGUGAGAGAAGGCUUUUGUCUUUCCUCCUGCAACAAUGUCAAUGUCUGGCAAGAAAGAGUUUGAUGUGAAACAGAUCCUACGGCUACGCUGGAGGUGGUUUAGUCAUCCUUCUCAAGGUUCUUCCAACCCUGGAAACUGCCUUCAGCAGGAAGGAUAUGAGCAUAGAGGGACCCAGGUUCAGGGCAGGUUGAAGAACCACUCUCGGGACAGAAACGGACUGAAGAAGAGCAAUAGUCCUGUCCACCACAACAUAUUGCCACCAGUGCCAGGACUGGCCCCUGCCCAUCAAAGAGUGCUUCAGAAUUGGCACCCACAGAACCUGAUAGAACAUCUUCGAGCAAAUGAAGAUACUCCUAAAGCAGUUCCAGAGGAGAAUUUGUUCAAAAGAGCUUGUGAGAAACACUCACAAGAUUUGGAGAUGAUGGCUGAUGAAAGUACAGGCGAGUCUACUGCCAGAUUACAUACACAACAUCCUGAAGAAAUGAAUCUCAGCAUACCUGAGGAGGAGUUCCAUGCUGUAAACCAUGCAGAGAAAACGCUCCAUAAAAUGCAGAACUACCUGAAAGAGAAACAACUCUGUGAUGUGUUCCUCAUUGUUGGACACCUCCGAAUCCCAGCUCAUCGGUUGGUUCUCAGUGCCAUGUCUGAUUAUUUUGCUGCAAUGUUUACUAAUGAUUUGCUUGAAGCCAAACAAGAAGAGGUCAAGAUGGAAGGAGUUGAUCCUAAUGCACUUAAUUCCUUGGUGCAGUAUGCUUACACAGGUGUCCUGCAACUGAAAGAAGAUACUAUCGAAAGUUUGCUGGCUGCAGCUUGUCUCCUGCAACUGACUCAAGUUAUUGACGUCUGCUCCAAUUUUCUCAUAAAGCAGCUCCAUCCUUCAAACUGCUUAGGGAUUCGAUCAUUUGGAGACGCCCAGGGUUGUACAGAGCUCCUGAGUGUGGCACAUAAAUACACAAUGGAACACUUCAUCGAUGUAAUAAAGAACCAAGAAUUCCUCCUGCUUCCAGCUAAUGAAAUCUCCAAACUUCUGUGCAGUGACGAUAUUAACGUGCCUGAUGAAGAAACCAUUUUCCAUGCUUUGAUGGACUGGGUGGGGCAUGAUGUGCAGGCUAGGCAACAAGACCUAUCCAGGCUGCUUACUUACAUCAGACUGCCAUUACUUCCACCACAGUUACUGGCAGAUCUUGAAAAUAGUUCCAUACUUACUGGUGAUCUUGAAUGUCAGAAACUUCUGAUAGAAGCUAUGAAGUAUCAUCUCUUACCUGAAAGAAGACCUAUGAUGCAAAGCCCUCGGACAAAGCCUAGAAAAUCAACUGUGGGGGCACUUUAUGCUGUGGGAGGCAUGGAUGCUAUGAAAGGUACCACUACAAUAGAAAAAUAUGACCUCAGGACCAAUACCUGGUUACAUAUUGGCACCAUGAAUGGCCGUAGGCUUCAGUUUGGAGUUUCAGUUAUUGAUAAUAAGCUCUAUAUCGUGGGAGGAAGAGAUGGUUUAAAGACUUUGAAUACUGUGGAAUGUUUUAAUCCAGUUGGCAAAAUCUGGAGUGUGAUGCCUCCCAUGUCAACACAUAGGCACGGCUUAGGUGUAGCCACACUUGAAGGACCAAUGUAUGCUGUUGGUGGUCAUGAUGGAUGGAGUUAUCUAAAUACUGUAGAAAGAUGGGACCCUGAGGGACGUCAGUGGAAUUACGUGGCUAGUAUGUCAAUUCCUAGAAGCACAGUUGCUGUCGCUGCAUUAAACAACAAGCUGUAUGCUAUUGGUGGACGUGAUGGAAGUUCCUGCCUGAAAUCAGUGGAAUACUUUGAUCCACACACUAACAAGUGGAGUCCAUGUGCUCCAAUGUCCAAAAGACGUGGAGGUGUGGGAGUUACAACAUACAAUGGAUUCUUAUAUGCUGUUGGGGGUCAUGAUGCCCCUGCUUCUAACCAUUGCUCCAGGCUUUCUGACUGUGUGGAACGGUAUGAUCCAAAACAUGAUUCAUGGUCAACUAUGGCGCCCCUGAGUGUUCCUCGAGAUGCUGUUGCUGUGUGUACUCUAGGAGACAAACUCUUUGUGGUUGGAGGAUAUGAUGGACAUUCUUAUUUGAAUACCGUUGAGUCAUAUGAUGCACAGAAAGAUGAAUGGAAACAGGAAGUUCCUGUUAACAUUGGAAGAGCUGGUGCAUGUGUUGUGGUGGUGAAGCUACCAUAAAGCGAUCUCAUCAAAUGGAGGAAAACUGGAGAAUUUUAAGAAAUGAAGUAGAAACAAGAGAGGAAGAAGAAACAUAUUCUUUCUUUCAAUUAGUAAUCAAACAUGAAAAUUCUUGCAUCGUUUUAAUAUGUAGUUAUGAUUGCUCUCACUUGGGAAACCAAAUCAACUUUUAAACAAGAAUUACAAGUAGGUGUUAAGAUUGUGUGGUGUUACAGCUGGAAAUCUCUCAUCUAGGUUUAGCCUCAUUACUUUAAGAUGUUUAAAGGAAAUUGAUAGUGGCCAAAGUAUGAAAGCCUUUAAAAGCAUUGUUAAUUUUUAAGUUAAGAGUCUGAGAAAUUAAAAAUGUUUUCUAUUUCAAAUAAAGGUACUCUAUUAUCUGGACCACAACUAAUAUAAAAGAGAAUUUCUAAAGCUUAAAAUAUAGUCUGAUUUUCAGUAAGACAUCAUUCUGUUAUUCAAACAAUACACCCAAAUAAAUAAAUAAUACCUUACUUGUAUUAAUGGGAAGGUUUUACUGUAUUGACAAGGAAAAAAUCAUGAAAAACUCAUUGGCAUAAUUUGUUAUGAUGAUCGCAAUAUAUUAAAAUGUUCACAAAUUUACUCUUUUACAGUACCAUCUUCCAGAACAUACAUAUACAUUUGGCAUUACUUGACAUGUUGGAUUUGUUACCAGUGAAAUAUUACAGUAAUUUCAUAUACAAAAUCUAUAUAAUAAAAUAGUGAAUAUUUAUCACAUGGACAUUACCUGUGACCUCUGCUGUAAAAUGUCAGGGUCUCACUUGUAUAGAAAGUAAUAUUCCCCUCAAACAUUUCUGUGAACUCUGCCAACACCUACUAUUAAUUUUAACAAGUUUUUAAAAACAAUUUUUGAAGUACAAUAAAAUUAAGAAAAUGUUCUACAAUAUUAACACAUGGAAACACAAAAAUGUUUGAUAUCCAUGGAAAAUUCUGUAUUUAUCUUUUAUGUAGCGAUACAUGCUUUUCUGACAAUGUUAUAUUAAUCCUGUAGAAAAUGUUAAGGA